UACAUCGACUCUGCGCUCUUGAGCGAGCCUGGGUUCUCGCCGAGAUUAUUAUUUCGAGGAAAACAGUCGAAAUGUCACCGGUCGCGAUUCUCCACGGGCCAAAUAUCCGCUUUUUACCGCAUUUCUAACUCCGUGCUCGACCGCCUACGUGUUAUGUGUAAGCACAUACGUGCCUCCACGUACAUACGCAGACACACAUGUGACACUUGGAAUUGUCAGCUCCGACCUCGUCAGUCGCGCGUUCUGUGAUAUCGUUCUCUCGUAUUUGUGCUACGCGAGUGAUUUUAUUCAUGCACGAUCGAGUCCUCGCUCCGAUGAAAAAAUGCUUCGACUCUCGUCGCCUCGACACUCGCCGCUCCACGUACGAACAAAAUUCUCCUUCGAAUCUUCUCCCAUGCCACGCAGAACGGUGAAAAUACAUCGUUCCUCCCGUCGGUAUCGAGAAAACGAACGACCUUAAUAGAUUCGCGGAUUCACCGAGGGCGGAAUAGCAGCCGGGACACGAGGAACGAAUGUUCGGGGAUUCCUGUCACAAGGCUCCUUCGAAGAUCACCCCUUCCGAAUUCAACGUUCCCAGCUCGACAACGUGACAUUUCGUACUCGUUCGUCAGCCAGAAAGUUAACGUUUUGAGAUGUCGAGGCGCGAGAUUGGCGCACGAAGGUCCAUUGAGAUGAGGAUAUCGAGUGUUGCUGAGUGACGCAACCGCGGAAAUACGUCAGUGAUAAUGGGUGGUAGGAUGUCGUCGUCCCUCGCCGAAUUUAUCCUGACGGCUCUGCUCGUCCAUUUGGGUCACCUCACCGCAUGGGGUUAUCUCGAUUCCGGUGGCACGGCGAUGUCGGAUCGACUGGAAAAUGUGACGCAAACGAUCUCGCGAAUCCUCGACGGCUACGACAUUCGUCUCCGUCCGAAUUUUGGUGUUGCAGGUGAACCAUUGCUGGUUGGUAUGGAUCUCACGAUCGCCAGUUUCGAUGCAAUAUCGGAAGUAAAUAUGGACUACACGAUAACGAUGUACUUGAAUCAGUACUGGAAAGACGAGAGACUGGCAUUUUCCCACGAGGAGGAAGUUCUCACCUUGAGCGGUGACUUCGCCGAGAAGAUUUGGGUCCCGGACACCUUUUUCGCGAACGACAAAAACAGUUUUCUCCACGACGUGACCGAACGCAACAAACUCGUGAGACUUUCGGGCGACGGCUCUGUCACAUACGGAAUGAGAUUCACCACGACACUGGCGUGCAUGAUGGACCUUCAUUAUUACCCCUUGGACUCGCAGAAUUGCACGGUCGAAAUCGAAAGUUACGGUUACACAGUGCUCGACGUGGUCAUGUAUUGGAAAGAAACGCCUGUUCGUGGCGUCGAGGAAGCCGAAUUACCACAAUUCACGAUAAUCGGUUACGAGACAAACGACCGAAAAGAACGACUGGCAACCGGCAUAUACCAGAGGCUCUCGCUGAGCUUCAAACUCCAGAGAAACAUCGGUUACUUCGUCUUUCAAACUUAUCUGCCAAGUAUACUUAUCGUGAUGUUGAGCUGGGUCAGCUUUUGGAUAAAUCACGAAGCGACCAGCGCGAGAGUCGCUCUUGGUAUCACAACGGUGCUUACGAUGACGACGAUAUCGACGGGCGUGAGAAGCUCCCUGCCACGCAUAAGCUACGUCAAGGCUAUUGACAUUUAUCUCGUAAUGUGCUUCGUUUUCGUAUUCGCGGCUCUUUUGGAGUACGCCGCGGUAAACUACACUUAUUGGGGAGCGAGAGCGAAAAAAAAGACGAAGAAGAAAGAGGGCGACGAGAAGAAAGCGACGACGCUCACGUCUGGGAGCAAAGCGAGUUCACCAUUUCCUGGAUCGACAGACGCCGAUAUAAUAGAAUUGCAAGAUCUCCGAAUGUCACCACUGCCGAGCAUCAGAAGCAGGUCCGGAAUCGCGAGUGGCUCGGGUAUGUCGAGUUCGUUAGGACUUCGGAACGAGCAGCAUCACGACCCAGCCAAAUUUCCGCCUAGCUUUAGAAUCGCGAGAACCGCCGGUUACAAUGUCCACGGUAGGAACAGCGGUCUGAGAUAUCGGGGACCGAGGCAAAAUAAGCCAAAGGUACUGCACGCGAUCCGUCGCGGAGCCUCGGUGCUCCGAGCCUCGAUGCCAAAGAUCAAGGACGUGAACGUGAUCGACAAAUAUUCGAGGAUCAUAUUUCCCGUGAGUUUUAUGCUCUUCAACGCGGUAUAUUGGAUCUUCUACGUGCUGUGAAGCGGGGGACGUCGAAAACUGAAGGAAAAGUCUCGUUGUUUACGGAAUUGAUGAUGAGAAUGAAAGAUUUUACGUGGCGGAGCUGUAGCUCGGGGGAGUCAAUAAAAAAAUAAGAAGGAAAUAAAGCCCGCAGUGAUCACGUUGAUCGUGGAUUCGGAAGAAUUUUCACGCGCCGGGUAUCGCGUCGAUUGAUAUCGCUGAUAUUAUUAAUUGAAAAGAAAAACAAACGAACGAACAAACUAUGAAAAAUGACAAAAAGAGAUAUAAAUAUUUGUAUUUAGUCGUUUUACGAUAAGGAUCGAGCGAGAAUCUGGCAAGCGUUUUAAUGAGAAAGUGAGUCAGUGAGAAUGAGACCGGACUCGAACGUAACAGCGUUACGAGAAGAAGAAAAAAAGCAUGCGAUAACGAGAAAUAACGAAGUCAGUUGAUUGCAACGUCUCAAUAAGUCUUGUAUUAACUUUAAGGUGUAAUAAACGGUGACGUAUCUCGUUGACGUACGUCACACGUGUGUAUGUUGUCGAAAGUACUGAAAACUCAAAUGUAAAUGAAAAUGAUAAAGAAAAAACCCAAGCUGCCAAGAAACUCGAACGAUGAGACGUUUUACAAUAAUACGCGAACACGUUAUGACAACGUCCAUCCAAACUCAUCAUGUUAAAAGACAAAAAAGCUAAGACAAAAUCAAAUUCACCGAGUAACCGGUUCUGUUCAUCUUUAUUAUCAUUAUGAUUGUUAUUAUUAUUGUGAUUACACUAUCGUCGAAGGCUAAGUCUAAUCUCGUAGAAACGUAAGAGAUCAAUAAUUACGUUUAAUAUUCAGUAUGAAUAUUCGCUAAUACCAUUCGAAAGACAAUAUGUUCCUAUAUCUUAAAUUUCGAAAGUUUUCUCUGUAAUAGUACAAGGGUGCAAUGAAAUAUAUACGCAAUAUUUGGGAACAUUCGAA